UGUUACUAGUAACGUUAGAUUUUGGGUUUAUUAAAGACAUUUGUCCUCGAUCUGAAUGUACUGUUUCUUUGGAAUAUAAUUUUUAAGAAAUAUGGCUUCACCGAAUUGCUCAUUGAAGGUAAACAGAGAGUUGCUGGAUCCCAGUUUUGAAAGUUACAGGCUUUCACUGGACUCUAUUCCUACUUACAAUGUAGAGCUGGAUGCAGCUGUGGCUGAGGUUAAACUGAAAGACAGUCAGUACACUCUGGACCAUGUGAGAGCAUUUGGUAUGUACAACUACCUUCAUAUAGAUCCCUGGUACGAAGACAGCGUCUACUUUGUUGACAGCAAGGGCCGGGUUCUCAAUCUAACAGUCACAUUGGACACAGCUUUGGGCAAACCUCGUGAGAUGUUCCUUUUUGAAUCGGACCCAAGCUUGUGUGAGGGGGAGCAGUUGUGUGCUUCCCUGAGCCUGACCUCCGCGACUUGGGCCGCACUGUCCGAUGGAACCGGAAAGUUGACUCUUUUGCGCACAAGCAAGAGGGGAGAGAGUUCACAUCUUAAAUGGGAGCCGAUGUUCAGUGAGCGUCUAGGAGAGCCGUUCAUCAUCGUUCACAGCCUGGCUCACGUGCGCUCUCAUGUUCAUACCAUUGAAGUGCUGCUUCUGAGAGUCCAGAAAGAUCCAUCUGAUGCCAAAGGCAGCGGUUUCUCAAUCUCACUGGAGUGGAUCACUGUGGACAACUCUGUUGGGGAGGAAGAGAGUGAGGAGAGGAAGUAUGGAAUGAGGAAGAGGAGGAUGAUGAAGGGCAAGUCUGUCCCCCACUAUGCUGCAGUGGAGCCUCAGGGUAAAGGAGUCGUUGUAGCCUCAGAGAAGCCAUUCACUUUUACUGAGGUGGACGGACUUCCGCUUGAAGAACCACCUGCUGUGAAGAUGGAGGUGGAAAACUCAGAUCCCAUCUACUUCUGGCAGCAAACAGAAGAGGACGUGACCGUUUGUGUACGUUUACCUGAAGGCACCACCAAAGAUGACAUCCGCUUCAAGCUCACCGUUGAUUUUCUACGUGUCAGAGUAGGAGAUUAUGCACCGCUGCUGGAUGGGCAACUGUUUGCUCCUGUAGAUCCCGAGGCCAGCACUUGGACCAUUCAAGAUGAUAAGAGUUUGGAGGUCAGUCUACAGAAGCGAAGUGAAGGCCCACUCUGGUCCGAGGUGGUUCUGGGGAACCGGAGAGGAGAGUAUCUAAUGAAUGACGAACAAAAAUCGCAGCUCCAGCAGAAACUCUCGUAUCUCACUGCUGAAGACCUGAAUCCAAACCCAGAGAAGGACAAGCCCCCUUGCAAUGCCCAGGACCUGGAGGACUGUGACAUGUUUCCGGAGGACAGCUCUACACUGAUGCGCUUUGAUGGUGCCACUCUGAAGCCCACCCAUGUGGUGAGCCUAGGAAGCCACCAGUUCCUUUUCUCCGUGCAUAUUGACCCCUCUGAGGUGCCCGCUUUCUGCUUACGGCACGAUGUCGAUGCACUGCUCUGGCAGACCCGUACAAACCAGGACAACAAUAUAUGGGAGCACAUUUCUACUUUUAACGCACUCGGUUAUGUUCAGGCUUCAAAACGUGAUAAAAAGUUUGCGACCUGUGCCCCCAACUUCUCCUACGCAGCUCUUUGUGAGUGCCUCAGGCGUGUCUUCAUUUACCGUCAGCCUCUGCCGGUCGACACGGUGCUCUUCAACCGGAAACAGGGUAGGCAGGUCGGGCAGGUCGCCAAACAACAGGUAGCCAACCUGGACACCAAUGACCCCGUACUUGGAUUCAGGGCCACUAAUGAGAGACUGUUUGUCCUGACUGCCAACAACCUGUUUGUGCUGAAAGUGAACAAUUAAGAUUCUGCUGGAUGAAUUGACACUUCUGCUCCAGGGUUGGUCGCUGAUCAUUUGAUUUCAGUGGUGUGCUUUCAACUUAUCCAAGUACACCACUGUCAUAUUUCAGGACUGAGUUGGUAUGAAAUUCUCUGUUGUAUCUGUUUUUGUGUGUUAGUACUUGUCUUUACAUGUCAAAUAUUACGCUCAUAUGCUCCUCCAGAGACACAAUCUAGAGCAUGAAUGUUACAUUGCAUUCCAUUAGAAUGUAGAUACAUAAAAUAAAUAAGCAUCUGUAAGACC